AAUUCUAAAAUCCGCUGGCUUUUGAUUUGUUUGUGGAUCAUUUUUCUGAAAGUCAUGGCCACAUUUUUUGGAGAAGUGAUCCUUCCUUCGUCGAGGGUGUUUUUCGACAACGACGACUCCGACUUCGAGGACGACGACGUCCUCCAGAGCUCCAAUACGUGCAACUUACUUGAGCUUAAAGAACUCUUACCUAAUGCUUUAACUGGGGACUUUGACCUUUUGAUAAUCGCCGAAGGGAAUGUGGCCAAAGGUUUCACCGAUAAUUACCUGCUGGAAUCGCCAGGCAUGCCGAUUGCCGAAAUCAAUCUCAAGCAGGAUGAGACUAAAGAGCCGAUGGACAUUAUGGAAGUGAAACCACCGAAGACGCAGCCUUCAUACAUCUAUUCGCUCGACUUGCAUACACGACUUGUGAUUGUGUCUCCAGCAAUCAAUCUCACCCUUGCCAACAAUUUGCUUAUUACUUUGCAGGAUUUUAUACAGAAAAGUAAAUCUGUGUUCGUCCUUUGCAACAGGCCGUCAGCAGAUUUUCGUUGUGAUUCGAUAAAUGACCUCCCCCCAGCGUUUAUCAGGAUGCUCAACACGUCGAAUUCCGAUUUAGAAGGCAUACCCCCUUGUCAAAUUCUGGAACAGCCCAAUUUCAUUUCCGGAUUCGCAGCAUCAGUUAUAUCUUGGUGCGAGUGUACACGAAAAAACUGUAAGCUUUAUAUUGUCUACACCGACAGGGCUGUGGUCGACUCUGUCACUCUGAAGCCGUUUGUUGACCUCUUCACAAAGCAGAACCGGCUCAAAGGUCUCUUGACGCAUACCCUUGCUGCAAGAUUGUCCACAUCUUCCGAACAGUGCUUUAUGUACAUGUAACCUUAUUUUAUUUGUUUAUAUAUUUUUUUUAAUGUACUUUGGUUACAAUUAAAUAGUACAAAUUGAA